GCUCACUCGCAACAAAUUACAGCCAUUUAUUAUUGGUAUAAGGGGGAGAGAAAAAGAGAGAACACGCUGAAACGUAAUUCACUCUCUGUAAGUGUGGGGGGAAAAUACAGCGGUUAUAUUCACGGGAAGGAAUUUCAGGGAAAUAAUUACAAACACCCAAAGCAAAUACUCAUUUAUCCAAAACCAUUGAUGCGUGUUGUGUCUUUUUCACUUGGAUAGAGGUGGACACAUUUUUUUAAAAAACCGAGAGCGCCAUCCAGUGUCCAAAUUGGGGUCUGGUGAACUCCGCGUGGACCACCCCUCACUGCGGUGCUGAAGUGAAAGAUAAAAAUACCCCCCUCCUCCUUCUCCUCCACCACCUCCUCCUCCUCCUUUCGUUGAGUCCGCAACAUCCUGACUGGCCGAGGCUGGUGAUCGCAGGCAGCGGUAAAGCCCCGGUAACAACCACGGAUGAAUUAGAAAAAAAAGCUGCUGUAACCACCGCCGCCCCCUUUUUUCUUUCUUUCUUUCUUUCACUUAUUGUCUGUGUGGAAGAGUCGGGAGUAAACACUCUUGACAGUGUGAAGCGUAUACCAGAUCACAUAGCACUGCAGCUGCCUUGCUGCACAGCACAUCAAGUGCAAGAGCUAUAAUAGGAAGGAGAGGCUCCCUGUGUACAGAUCCACCAUGGGGAUCAAAGCUGCCCUCCCCAGAUAUGAGCUGUAUCUCUACACAACUGUACUCGCCGGGGCCUUGAUAUGGGCUGGCAGUUGGAUAUUUGAUGCUUCUAUCGACAAUGUCAGCAGAAAGGCAUUUAAAGAAAGUGUAAAACCAGGAUGGCAUUACUUUGGCAGGAAAAUGGAUGUUGCAGACUUCGAAUGGAUGAUGUGGUUUUCUACAUUCCGCAAUCAUAUCCUUUUUGCUCUCACUGGUCACGUGAUCUUUGCCAAGAUUCUCACCCUCGUAGCCCCAAAGAUUGGUAUAAAUGGAUGUAAGCACAGAUCCUUGAUCUUUGGUGUGUACGGUGGUUUGUCGGUCCUGGUCACGAUGGGUUGGACCUUCAUGGGUCUGGUUCUGUCUCACUGCAUCAUACUCUACAGUGUUGCUAUGGUCAAGAGGAAGUGGAUGUGCUUUGCAGCUGGCCUGGCCUCACUGGCCUCCAUCAAGUUAGAGCCCUAUAACUCCUGGCAGGAAUCUCUUGUGACCGGCUCCUUUGACCUUCAAGACAUUCUGUUCUAUGGAGGCUGCGGCUUCAGCAUCAUGCGCUGUAUGAGCUUUGCGCUGGAGAACUGUGAAAAAAAGGAGGGCAACUACACCUUCUGUGACCUGCUGAAAUACAACUUCUACCUCCCCUUCUUCUUCUUUGGUCCCAUCAUGACCUUCGACAGGUAUCACGCUCAGGUGAACAACACCAAGCUGAUCCGCAAAGACAGGGAGAUGUGGAACAUCACCACCAAGGCCUUGUUGCACCUGGGAGUCAUUUUGGUGGUGGACGUCUUCUUCCACUAUCUUUACAUCCUGACGAUCCCCAGUGACAUGAAUCUGGUCACUAAGCUGUCUGACUGGUGUCUGGCUGGUCUGGCUUAUUCCAACCUGGUGUAUGACUGGGUGAAAGCAGCUGUGAUGUUUGGUGUCAUCAACACUGUGGCUACACUGGAUCACCUGGACCCCCCUCAGCCGCCCAAGUGCAUCACCAUGCUCUACGUCUUCGCUGAGACGCACUUUGACAGAGGCAUCAACGACUGGCUGUGCAAGUAUGUUUAUGAUUAUAUCGGUGGGGAUCACGAUAAAAUCCUCAAAGAACUCUUAGCGACCAUCUGCACCUUCGCUAUCACCACCCUGUGGCUGGGCCCAUGUGAAGUGGUUUACAUCUGGUCCUUUUUCAACUGCUUUGGCCUCAACUUUGAGUUGUGGGUGGCUAAGUUAUUCUCUAUCCCACCAUUUUCUACCAUUGAGGGUGCUAUGGGGGAAGCAAUGUCACGCAGGAUCCGCGGUGUCUUCAACGCUGCCAACUUCUGGGCCAUCGUCCUCUACAACGUUCUCUCCCUCAACAGUUUGGGCUUUGCCAAACUUGUGGGCAGGAGACUGAUUUUCAAAGGUUUCCCUCUGUCCUCCCUCUCUGUGUUGCUUGUGACCUACUGUGGUGUGCAGUUGGUGAAGGAGCGGGAGCGACAAAAAGCCCUGCAGGAAGAUGUAGAGCUGGUGAAAGAAAAAGCAGAAUAAACAGAGAGAGUGAGAGUUUAUAAAUAGAGAGAGUGGGAUUUUCACAGACUUCGUGCUCAACAGCCCCCCCCAUUCUUCCAUCCUUUGUGAACUGUCACUGAAACAGACUGUAACAGCCAGUCUGCACCUACAUCGGUCACAGGCCCGUGUGUUUUCUUUUUUUUUUUUCCACUAUUGUUUGUCAGAAGUGAGGAAAUGUUUUGAACUGUGAAAUAUCCUCAAGUGCUCUUGCUGUAGAUAAUCGCCACGUCCUCUGGCACAAACCCACCGAUGGUGCAUUUUGUAUUCAUAUUUUAUCCAAAUAAAAUAAUGUUUAUUAAAUUAUAGGCCUGCCAAAUAUUUUAUAAAGCUGUACUGUAGGCUGUACAAGGACAAACGGGAUUGUAAAGGAACAACGACUGUGCUCUCUGUGGUUUUCUCCUGACUUAAUGUUUGGAUUUUUCUCAGAUUUCUUUUUUUUUUUAAUACUGUCAGAUGGUCUCUUAAUUUUGCUUUAGAUGCCAUAAUCCUCAUGAUAUCUAACCACACUGAAAGGUAAACCACACUUGAAAAGUCAAAACUUGAAAUCAGGAUUUCAUGAAUGAGUGCAAUAAAGAAAAUAAACAAAAGGUGCUUUGGA